AUGGAACCCAGGAAUGAAGCACUUCAACAAGAGACCAUUGCCACGUUGACACUGCACUUCAAGUACAACGAUCUCACGAUGUCGCAACCCAAAGCCUUCAACGAGGUAAGUCAUUCGGGCAUCGAUGCUGUCAGGCAACUUAUUCAGCUCGAAAUCUUCAUCGGAGCAUGGGCGGAGAUGACUGCUCAUUCAAACGUCGUCCGCAAGACUCAUGUCAGACGGACGGAACUUGAUACCGCAUAUUUCGCCAAGGAACGGCUGGAGAAAGUCGGAUUGGGGGGCAGAUACAGUGACAAUGGGAUUUGCGUCUAUGGAGUCUGGCUGGCCAUGUCUGCGUGGAGAUAG